AUGUCGUUUCUCACACAGGUCUUGUUUUCCAUUUCUUUUCUCGUGAGUGCAAUUGAAUGUCAGGGUGGAGGCGGCGGUGGAGGAGGUGGUAGUGGUGCUUUCGGAGUAUUCGGUGUUUUUUUCUUGUUGAUAUUCUUACCGAUCUACUGCUGCUGUAUAGGUCGACCAAGGCGAUCAAAUGCGAAAUAUGUUCAUGCGUCUAAGGUCGAAAAUAACGAAACUAAAGUGAUUGACCUACAUGUUUUUCAAUCUGGCCUUUGGGAAUGCGAAUAUUUUCAAUAUAACAAGCAGCAUGGUCCUCAUUAUAUCAAUCUAUCGUUCGACAACGUGAGACUCGAAGUGACAGGAUCAGGCUUCGAUGAUAUUGGUAUGUAUACACUUCAUGGCUUUUAUUCAACGCAAACGCGUCGCAUCGGUGUUACGAAAACCUAUCAGUUAGGCACUGGCGAUCCUCGACAAAACUUAGGACAUAAUGUAAUUAUACAACUGGAAUGGAAUAGAUUCGCCAAUCAGUUCGAAGGCAAAUGGUAUGUUCGCACGAGAAAAUACCGAGGAUCUGGUCCCUACAAAUUGAGAAGUUCUCAACAACAAUUGACACUACCUCCUGCCUACGAAAAAGUGUGA